CUCCCUCCUGGCCGGUUCCAUAUUUUCCUCUUUAUUCCUUCCACCACUCUCUUUUUCUUCGAUCUUCUUCCUCAACCACAGCGCAGGAAACGUUGGUUGAGAACGUUGCCCCUCGAUACCCCCUUUUCCCAGGUUUUUUAAAUAGACAACGACCAUGGCCUUUCGAAACUCUGGCUUCGACUUUUCAGACGGCAAGGUGACUGGGCCCAAUGCCACCAUUGCCCAGCACCCGGAUUUGGCCGACAAGCUCUCGACAGGCUCGAACCAGCCCGUACAUCUCCAGCGAAACAAGACCGAGCGAAGACGACUCCAGGGGCUGCAGAGAACCAACACUUUCACCGCUGCGCCCAGGACCACCCAGGGGGAGAUGGGCUGGAAACAGCGGUGGGAUGUGUGGAUGAUUAACGAGGGAGGCAGGCAACUGUUCUUUGGAACCUGGAUUUUCCUCCAUUUGCUCGUCGCCGUCUUUGGUUUCAUGCACUACCAGCUUAAGGACAACUCGGAGGGUGCCCGGUCGGUUUUUGGUAUCACCUUCCCAAUUGCCCGUACCGCAGCGCUGGUCCUCCACGUCGACGUUAUCUUCAUCCUUCUCCCCGUCUGCAGGAACUUCAUUUCCCUCCUGCGCCGCACCCCGCUCAACGACAUCAUUCCUUUCGACAAGAACAUCACCUUCCACAAGGCGACCGCCUGGUCCAUCGUCAUCGGCUCCGCCGUCCACACUCUGGCGCACAUGGUCAACUUCACCAAGCUCGCUCUGUCCAUCCCCAACAUGACGACCGGUCAACGAAUUGGCGCGUUCAUGGCUGCCAACUUUGCCACGGGGCCAGGUCUCACUGGUUGGAUCAUGUGGCUCGCCCUCGGUAUCAUGGUAUGGUUCGCUAUUGAGAAGAGGCGACGUGCCCACUUCGAGAGGUUCUGGUACUCCCACCACCUCUUCAUCGUCUUCUUCAUCAACUGGCAGCUCCACGGAAUGUUCUGCAUGAUCAAGCCCGACCGCCCGCCUUACUGCUCAUUCAACACCAUCGGUGUCUUCUGGAGGUACUGGCUCGUCGGAGGUGUCAUCUGGAUCUGGGAACGAAUUCUCCGUGAAAUCCGCUCGAGGCACCGCACCCACAUCCACAAGGUCAUCCAGCACCCCUCGAGUGUUAUGGAAGUCCAAAUCAAGAAAGAGAAGACCACCACCCGCGCAGGCCAAUACAUUUUCCUUUCAUGCCCUGAGAUCUCCUACUUCCAAUGGCACCCUUUCACCCUCACCAGCGCCCCCGAGGAGGACUUUAUCUCCGUCCACAUCCGUGUCGCUGGUGACUGGACCACGGCGUUCUCCAAGGCUCUCGGAUGCGACUUUGAGAGGAAGAAAAAGGGCGAUGAUGGGGCCGUUGCCAAGCCGGCUGCCGUCCCUCCUCCCAUCAACCGACCCCUUCCCCGUGUCAUGGUCGACGGUCCUUUCGGCUCUGCGUCUGAAGAUUUCCUCAAGUACGAGACGGUUCUCCUCGUCGGUGGUGGUAUCGGUGUUACGCCAUUUGCUUCGAUCUUGAAGCACAUCUGGUACCGCAUGAACAACCUGACUGAUGCCAAACCUACCCGCUUGUCCAAGGUCUACUUCACUUGGGUCAUCAAGGAUUUCGGUACUGCCGAAUGGUUCCACUCGUUGCUGCAUGCCAUCGAAGAGGAGGAUACCCAGAACAGGAUCGAGAUUAACAUCUACCUCACUGCCAAGUUGAAGGAGGAUGAAGUCAACAACAUCAUUGUCCAGGAUGUCGGCGCUGAAAAGGACGCCAUCACUUCUCUCCGAGCACCCACUCACUUUGGAAGACCGAACUGGGAUCGUGUCUUUGGCUCGCUCUGUGAGAAGCACCCCGAGACGGAUGUUGGCGUGUUCUUCUGCGGACCUGCGCCCCUGUCCAAGACACUUCACUCGAUGUGCAAUAAGUACUCGACGCCCAAGGGAACGAGGUUCUUCUACGGCAAGGAGAACUUCUAGAGGCUGGAUCUACUAAACCACUAACCUUCGUUGCUAUCUGUUUCGAUCGAUUGUGUAAAUACUUACCUGUUGUAUGGGAUUAUAAGUCACCGGGCUAUCUUCAAUCACGGGAAUUGGAUGAACAUCGCAACUCCUGGCGAGGCAAUAAAUAUUAGGGUACGAAU